AGAGUUUUCACACACUAUAUACUCCUGAAACAGAGAGCAGAGAGACCUUUACAUCGUUUUAUUCUCUGGUGGGUUAAUCGUGUGAGAAUGUUUGAGCUCGGGAGUCGACUGGCCCACAUGUACCUCUCCUCGGGGCCCGGAGAACCCAGCGGCUGUGUGCAGAGCAGCAGCCUGUCCUCUACUGCUGGUCUGGAUCUGGCAAAAAACAAAGAGGAGAAGAUUCCCGGCUUACAAGAAUUUCUGCAACAUGUGCGGAGGCUCAGUGGGCUGAAGAAAGAAGACGUUUUCUGUAACCUGCGUGUCCCAAAUCAGUUUCAGACAUCACGCCAGGAGAUCAACCUCAUCAUCCUCACAGGUGCCGGUGUGUACUGUAUGGACGUAAAGCCAUGGAGGGGUGUGGUUUCUGCUCCCGCUCCCAACACUUGGCACAUCCAGGUGAAAGAGGAGGAGCAGAACUUCACUAACACGUCCAUCCAGCAGAUCCCCGACCCCCUGCAGUCCAUCACGAUGAAGACCAGGGACCUGUGCAGCCACAUGCGGCGGUGCGGCGUGAACAUCAAACCCACGCUGUUUUUACCCAGAAUCCUCUUCCUCUCACCGCACUGUCACCUGGAUGAAGAGCUGAAAAAGAGGAAGGAGCUGGUCCCUCAUGGUGACAUGGAGAAAUUUCUGCGCUCGCUCAGGGAGGGCUAUGUCACCUGGAUCGCAGACGCCAUCACGCCCUCGUGGAUCUCAGGUCACUUGUCAUUCAGGCAGUUGGGGGUGGCGAGAGACGUGCUGGGACGGCUGGGGACGUGGGACGUGGUGCGGCUGAGCAGCGGCGCUGAGCUGAAGGGCGAUUUUCAGGGUUGCCAGCACCUCGCCAUCGACAGACAGGAAACAGACGUGCUGGAGUUCAGUAGGGGGCGGAGCCUAAGUACUGACACACUGUGGGCUCUGCUGGGACACACACCACAGGACGGAAGUGCGCACUACUCAGGGAGGCUACUCAGUGGACCACGCCGGCUUUUCCACGCACUCUUCCAUACCACACAGCGAGAAGAAGAGCCGCGCUCAGAGACCCGCGCAGACGAAGCUCAGGUGGUGCGUCGAGGUCAUCGGCGUCCUCGGCGUCCUCUAUCUUACACAGUGUUGAUUUAAACAUGUUAGGUUUAAUAAAAAAAAAACAUUUUGUUCUAACACAAAUAAGUGCUGCAUUCGUCAACGAUCGCUAGGAUUCUGAUAAACAUCAGAGUAUAAUGUGGGGAGGGUCUGUGGCGAGAAUGAUCACAGAAUGAUUAGUGCACAGGCGGAAACAAAAGAACAAAAUUGGGGGGGAAUCUGAAUAUAAUGCCGAAAAGGAACAAAUGUUAGUAUGAAGAAGAAGAAGAAGAAGAAGAAGAAGAAGAAGGAUCACACAAGUAGAAAUAAAAGAAAUUCAAAAGAUGAAAAAAAAAAAAUCAAUCAGUACAUAAUGUGGAAAGGAAAAGAUUAGAAAAAAGUAAAACAACAACAACAACAACAAUAAUAAUAAUAAUAAUAAUAAUAAUAAUAAUAAUAAUAAUAGUAAUAGUUAUAAUCAUUAUAAUAAUAGAACGAUUAUUUACCCUUUAGAGUAAUUAAAAAAAUCAAACAUCAAAAGACAACUUUUAUUUUAUAUUAUUUUUAUUAUAUUUUCUUAAAGAAAGUAAAUAUUAGAAUAUAAACCAGAAAAGAAAAGGCUUUUUAAAAAAUAAAUCUAACAAGUGAUCCAUAAAAAAUAAAAUGAUAAGUUAUAACAACAGUAAUAAUGAUAAUAAUAAUAAUAAUAAUAAUAAUAAUAAUAAUAAUAAUGAUUAUUUACCCUUGACGUUAAGGAUUAGUUCACAAAUUGCAAAAAAAAAAAAAAGUCAGAGUAUAAAACAGAAAAGAGAAGGGCUUUUAUGUAUUUCUAACAAGCUAUCAAUAAAAAAAAGUAAUAAUAAUAAUAAUAAUAAUGAUAAUAAUGAUAAUGAUAAUUUCACCUGGGCGGUUGAAUGCUUAUUAACCCUGAGAGUCAGGAGCAUGUACGUGAAGUGUAAAAGACGAGUCUGAACUCCAUCUGCUCAUCCGGUAUCUCUGCCGCAAACUGAAUUAGUGCCAUUGAUUUUAAAAUGAACUACUUACCAUGUCCAUUAUGCGUUUAGUUUGAUUUACAGGGUGUGAGGAGCGCUUUUAAAAACAACAUGGCCACAGGCUGGAGCCGCAGCUCCGACCGGAGAGGCACACGGCACCUGUUUCGCUCGGGGAGACGCCUCGGCCUCGUCUUUGUUUAAAUGUUUAUCUCCUGUUAAGUGUCUCAAGUGCAGCUAUUUCCCCCUUUCUGCAUUUUAUUUACAUCUCUCAUGGUGAUUUCUCCUGUU